CGUGUAGAUCGUACGGUUGGCAUGAUGAAAGGCUGUCAACGCCAGGUCACUCUAUCUUUUCUCGUGGUCUGAAUGAUUCCCCCUCUUUCUCCAUAUACUCUCUCCCCUACCUCCCCUUUCUUUCCCAUUUCCAAAAAUUCAAAGCAGGAGCAAACGAGAGCUAAGGGCUAGGGUUCAACUUCCCCGGCGUCCUUCUUCUCCAGAUCGGCUUCUGCUUCGUUCGAUCUCCCUCGUCUUCAUCUUCGAUCUGUUUUUCAUUCCGUCUUAUAGAAAAUGGCCGAUACCGAGGAUAUUCAGCCCCUUGUUUGCGACAAUGGAACUGGAAUGGUGAAGGCUGGAUUUGCUGGUGACGAUGCACCAAGGGCAGUUUUUCCAAGUAUUGUUGGUAGACCACGACAUACAGGUGUCAUGGUUGGCAUGGGACAAAAGGAUGCUUAUGUAGGAGAUGAAGCACAAUCCAAAAGAGGUAUCCUUACUCUUAAGUACCCAAUCGAACACGGAAUUGUCAGCAACUGGGAUGACAUGGAAAAGAUCUGGCAUCACACUUUCUACAAUGAGCUUCGUGUCGCCCCUGAAGAACACCCUGUUCUUCUCACUGAAGCCCCUCUUAACCCUAAAGCCAACAGAGAAAAAAUGACUCAAAUCAUGUUCGAAACAUUCAAUGUCCCUGCUAUGUAUGUUGCAAUUCAAGCCGUUCUUUCUCUCUAUGCCAGUGGUCGAACAACUGGUAUUGUGUUGGAUUCUGGAGAUGGUGUGUCACAUACAGUUCCAAUCUAUGAAGGGUAUGCACUUCCUCAUGCUAUCCUCCGUUUGGAUCUUGCUGGACGUGACCUUACAGAUUCUCUAAUGAAGAUCUUGACUGAGAGAGGUUACAUGUUCACCACAACUGCUGAACGUGAAAUUGUGCGUGACAUGAAGGAGAAGCUUGCAUAUGUUGCUCUUGACUAUGAACAAGAGCUUGAAACUGCUAAAAGCAGCUCUUCUGUUGAAAAGAACUAUGAGUUGCCAGAUGGACAAGUGAUCACGAUUGGAGCUGAAAGAUUCCGUUGCCCUGAGGUUCUAUUCCAGCCUUCUUUGAUUGGAAUGGAAGCUGCUGGUAUUCAUGAGACUACUUAUAACUCCAUCAUGAAGUGUGAUGUGGAUAUCAGGAAGGAUCUUUAUGGAAACAUUGUGUUGUCUGGUGGGUCCACUAUGUUCCCUGGUAUUGCUGACAGGAUGAGCAAAGAAAUCACUGCUCUUGCUCCCAGCAGCAUGAAGAUUAAGGUUGUUGCUCCUCCUGAGAGAAAAUACAGUGUCUGGAUUGGAGGCUCCAUUCUUGCUUCACUCAGCACCUUCCAACAGAUGUGGAUUUCGAAGGGUGAAUAUGACGAGUCUGGCCCAUCCAUUGUUCACAGGAAGUGCUUCUAAGUAUUUGAUUUUGUUGCGUUUCUGAAGGUGGAGCUUUUAUUUUAUUUGUUUUAGUUGGUUUUUGGGUUUUUUUUUUUUUUUUUUUUCUAUUGGCCUUU